AUGCGGGAUGACUGGAAACUACUUGAGCAUGCACAUCGUUCAAAGUUAUCUACGACGAAAGCUGCUCGCAAGAGUAUUCUUGACGAGCAUGGAGUCCGAUACUCAGUUCUCAAUGAGCUGCCAGGUUGGCUACCGAUGCGCCGUUCACCGAUCGACUUUAUGCACAACUUUUACACGCUUGUCAAGCGUUUUCUAUUCGACAUUGUUACAACAGGACAUCUCCUCGAUAGCACGGGUUGGGACCUGUUUCAAGACUCCAUCAAUUCAGUUAUCUGGCCAUCGGGAAUUGGACGCCUUCCCAAAAAUCUUGCCGAUGAUCAUGGGCUCCCCAAGGCUGAUCAAUGGCGACGUCUCUCGAGCAUAUAUCCAUUCAUACUGUGGCUAUGUUGGCGAGAUCACCGUGACGAAAUUAAGGCCUCCGCACCACCAGUACCUGCAUCUGCGAAGCCCCAACCAACUUUCAAACGUGAUUUACGAACGAUAUACAAACUCGUUCUCUAUCUCUCGGUGUCUGAGCGGAUCCUCGCUAGCAAAGCAAUAUCAAUCAAUGAUAUAGAUCGAGGUCAAGCAUACUUACAACUCUAUUGUCAAGGUCUCGAGUCGCUCGGUGUCCAUCAAACAAUCAACAGUCAUCUCGCCAUGCAUUACUCCCUCGUCUUCCGCCAAUAUGGACCAGCAUAUGCAACGUGGCUCUUUGGCUUCGAACGCUUCAAUGGUGUCUUAGAGGACGUGAACCUCAAUGGACAUGGAGGUGGUGAAAUGGAAUACUCAUUAGCGCGUGAUUGGGUUGAAAAACAUCGACUUUAUGAACUCGCUAUUUCUUUACCCAAAGGGGCAUCCGACAAGGAACAUAAACUCGUCCAACAGGCCAUUGACCAAAAGGGUCUCGAUCGCGGCACAUUACGCACUCAAAUUGCUCAAUUUACAUCAGGUGAUUCUAUCUUGCCUCCACGGCUCACGUCGAAGACGAAACUCACCAGCUUACGGGGCCUUCAGCAUCCGCAGGUAUAUCAACUGCUUGUUGGAUUCUUGCAGCACAAGUUUCCCGACCUCAAUGUCGUUGACGAUAUGACAGCGGAGCUAGGCACUACUGUUCUCUUCGCUAGUCGGUCGGCAAAGGUUCUCCCCUUCAUUGUCAAGGAUGGCAUCCGAUUCGGGUCUGCAACUGCAACUCAAACAAAUGCUGACCAGUUUGCAGGUGUCUUGAUGCACGACACACGUGUCCCUUGCAAAAUCAUAUAUCAUUUUGAAAUACACCUUCCCGACCAAGUGUUCUACUGCUCCGCUGUUCAAAAGAUGGUAUCUGAUGAUAGAAUUCCCGUAAUGCCAUGGGAUCAUUUCGCAACUGAUCUUGGUGUGAACAUCGUUUACGAGAAUAUCUUUGGACCACUCGAGAUAAUCGCAUCAAGUCAACUCUCAUGUGCAGUAGCAAUCAUUCCCAUCACGACUGAUGUUCUUGCGGAAGAGAAGUCCUUGUGGGUAGUUCAGUCCUUUGACCGGGUGAGUCCUAAGAAAGAUCUAUUCUUAUUCCGAAACUCAUUUACCUCUAGACUGGGCUUGAAGCUGAUGACAACUGGUUGCGCGGUGAUUCAGACGAAGAUGGUGACAUUGCAAGCUAGGUAG